GAUUCGCUUCAUGUUUUUCAACAUUCAUUAAUUUGAUUAUUAUCAAACACGUAUCUGAUUUUGGUUUUUUAUUCGUUUGUUCUUGUUUGUUACGAUCAAACUUAUCGAUCAUGCAUAAAUCACGAGAUGAUGUUAUCGAAAUCGAGCUAUUUAAAGAUGUUUUCAAAUCGAUUGAUCAAGAAUUUUUUGAUUCAAUUAUCUUGAUUGCUAGCCUAUUCAAUGAUAAUGGAGAAUUUCUUUUAAUCACCAAUGAUUAUAACGUCUAUGUUUAUGGUACAAAAAUUUGUUCAUAUUUAUCAUUUGAGCAUGAUCAAGAACGUCCACAAAAAGUAGCCAUUUUAAAUGGUUUUGAAAUCGUUCAAGUGGAUUCUGGUGAAAAUUUUGUUGCCCUAUUAAAUCAUGAUGGUCAAGUCUAUCUCGCCAGUAAUGAUCUUAAUUGGAAAACAAAUGAAACAUUCAGAUUGAUUUCAAAUGAUGAUAACCAUUUUGAAAUGAUUGCCUGUGGAGCCAAAUAUUUGUUGUUGCUACGUCAAGAUGGUAUGGUAUUUAAAUUGGGUGAUAAUGAGUAUGUUCAAUCAACCUGUGGCUUAUUAUCAUAUGAAACAAUGAUCUAUAUUGGGCUCGAAAAUGUCAAGCAAAUAUCUUGUGGACGAUUUCAUAGUAUUGCCUUGACUAAUACGGGCGAAAUUUAUUCCUGGGGCCGUAAUGAAUAUGGUCAAUUAGGUGUUGGUGAUAAAAAUGAACGAAUCACUCCAACUAUUGUUAAAUUUGACACUACGAUCGAUAAUCAAAUCAAAAAUAUUGCCACUGGUGAAAAUCAUUCACUAUUCUUAGUCGAAAACGGUCAACUUUGGGGUUGUGGAUCAAAUUGUGAUGGCCAACUUGGCCUUGGCAUUGAUAAAAAAGAUAUCAGAGUCAAUAAACCAAUUGAAAAACCCAUAAAAAUACCUAUUGAAAAGGUGAAAAAAAUGGCAUGUUCAAAGUUUCAUAAUUUUUCCCUGGCUUAUGAUGGAACAUCAUAUUUUGGUUGUGGCCAAAUUAGAAACAAAAGUUUUUGGCGAUCACCUUGCAAACUGGAAUCAAAAUCAUUUUCAGCGGCAUCAGUAAAUAUGAUUUCCUUUCCAAUAACAUUUGGCCUAACAACAACGAUCUAUGAAUUGGAAUCUCAUUAUUCUAUAUCGACCAUCAGAUUAUUCAAUAAUCCAGAUAAUUUUGAUGUAGAAUUUAUAAUUAAAGGUAAACGUAUAAAAGCAUGUAAAUGUUACCUAAAAAUGGAAUCUGAUUAUUAUCGUCGAAUGUUUUCUGGUGCUUGGAAAGAGAAUAUCGAAGUAGAAAUCAAAGAUUAUUGCUACAAUACAUAUUAUAUCUAUUUGCGUAUGUUACAUUCUGGUUCGAUUCGAAUCAAUCAACAAAACAUAACCGAACUAAUUGAUCUGGCCAAUUGUUAUUGUGACGGAAGAUUAAUGCGAUAUUGUCGAACAUUCAUACAAAAUGAUCUCAAUAAACGUACAAUGCGCACAUAUCUUUCAUUGAUUAUAAAAUAUGAACUAAAAGAAAUGCAUGCCAAACUUGGCCAACUUGCCAUCGAUGAAGUAUUGCCGAAAAUUACUGAUAAUAUUCUUCAAAACGGUGAUGAUUCUAUAACAAAAUUUCUUGAUUGGUUUUUCAAUCAACAAUCAUUUCUUAAAAAUGAAAUAUAAAUCAUCAUCAUUUGUUUGCAUUUUUUUCUACAUCGAAU